UUUUUUUUUUUUUUUUAAACAAAGUUUGGUGUGGCUUGAGGUGACUCCCAGCCUUGAGGAACCCUUUGAAAUAGCCUGGAGUCCAGACACCUGCUCUAGGGCCUCAGAGAGGGGAGACCAUUUUUCUCAAGGGAGUUUCCUGGCUCCUGAGGGCCAGAAGUUCUGGCCAUGAGGUGGGGCUCCCCAAAGCUCUGCCUCCACACCCUUCCCUCCCCCCAAGAUUCAUCUGAUCACUAGCAACAGGAGCUGGCUCUGCUGUGGGCUCCAGGUGCUGCCCGAGAGUGGACCAACCAGCCUCGCAGUGGCUAGCGUCUGAACGAGAAGGCCAGAGCCCACCGGUCCCAGGAAGCCUGAAGUCCCAGUAGGCCUCAGGCUACCUUCUUACCUAGGGUGGACUCGAUACUGGCUGAUGCCAGGUGAAGGUGAGAGGACCACCCCUCAAGUGGCCUGGAUUCCAAGCCAAUAGGGGCAGAAAGAUGGGGUAUGCCCCAGACCCCCGCAGCACCUUGGCCCCAAUUGAUGCCACAACUGAACCCAGUCUCAUCCCAGACCUCAUUGCCAGGAUCCCCUGGCCCCGCUGGGUAGUCUUUAUAGUUAUUCUCGCUGCUGGAGUCCUCCUGGUCUCCUGUCUGAUCUGUGUCAUCUGCUGCUGUUGCCACCGCCGCCGACCCAGGAAGCAACCCAAAGACAAAGAAGCUGUGGGCCUGGGCAGCGCUCAAAGCAGCACCACUACUCACCUGGUCCAGCCAGAUGUGGACUGCCUAGAGCCCUGCUCUGGGGGAGCUCAACAGUGGGGGCGACUGUUGCUCUCCCUGGAAUAUAACUUUGGAAGCCAGGAGAUUAAGGUGGGCCUGAGGCAGGCUGAAAACCUGAAGACAGAAGGCACAGCAGACCCCUAUGCCCGAAUCAGUGUUUCCACCCAGGCUGGGAGAAGACAUGAGACAAAGGUGCACCGUGGGACGCUCUGUCCCAUGUUUGAAGAGACGUGCUCCUUCCUAGUCCCACCCGCAGAGCUGCCCAGGGCCACUCUGAAGGUACAGCUGUUGGACUUCAAGCGGUUUUCAGAACACGAGCCACUGGGGGAGCUCCAACUACCGCUGAGCACUGUGGACCCUCAGCAUGUCCUGGAGAGCUGGUACCAGCUGGGCCCUCCAGGUACCACUGAGCCUGAGCCAAUGGGGGAGCUGUGCUUCUCACUGCGCUACGUGCCCAGCUCAGGCCGCCUGACUGUGGUUGUGCUGGAGGCUCGGGGCCUGGAUCCAGGGCUUGGAGAGACCUACGUGAAGGUACAGCUCAUGUUAAACCAGAGAAAGUGGAAGAAGAAGAAAACAUCCUCUAAGAAGGGCACAACUACCCCAUACUUCAAUGAGGCCUUCAGCUUCCUGGUUCCCUUUAGCCAGCUCCAGAAUGUGGACCUGGUGCUGGCUGUCUGGGCCCGUGGCCUACAGCUCUGGGCUGAGCCUGUGGGCAAGGUGUUGCUGGGUCCCCGGGCUUCAGGCCAACCCCUACAGCACUGGGCAGACAUGUUGGCCCAUGCUCGGCGGCCCAUCGCCCAGUGGCACCACCUGCAGUCCCCCAGGGAAGUGGACCGUGCUCUGGCCCUGCAGCCUCGUCGUCUUCCCCUACCUAGGCUUCACUCCUAAAAAAAAAAAAAAAAAAAAAAAAAAAACAGGUCUCAGUUUUCCCAAAUGGGGCUGUGGGCAGGCUCUUCAGAUCUCUGUAAUAAAUGCCUUUCUCUUUCUC